AUGAGCUGCUCAUCUUUCGGAGACGAGGCGCAGAAUUUCAUGAGUGUUUGGGAGGUAGAAGCAGCUGGAAGGACGAAGAUAAUGGAAGCGAAGGAACGACGCAUGAAACGCAUCGAAGAAGCCAAAUAUCUAGCCCUGGUUGAAAUCGAGCAGUUCAGAGAGGAAAAAGAGGCAGAGUUCCAAGAAAUAUGUGAUUCGAUGAAAGAAAGCAUCCAGGAGAAAGCCGAGAAAGCACGUGAAUUGGCUAAACGUGAACUCGAGUAUAUGGAAGAAAGGGUGAAACUAUGUAAGCCACUGGUGCUUGAACUCCUUGUAACACUAGCCACCAACCCCAAAUACUCAGUACAUCGCAAUGUCGAUACCCGUCGAUGGAUUCAAGGACUUGACAAAAGAACACAAAUGCCACCAGAUCGAAGAAUGUGUGACAAGGCCACAUGGGAACUUGUACAACGUUAUGCAUCUAACUGUGAAAAGCUAGCAUCGCAGAUCAACAUUGGAAAACGUAAAAAACAUCAUUAA